AUGGAAGGCGCCAAAGCAACAGGUUAUGAUACUAGAACCGCCGGUGGGAAGCUGAGGUGGACCCUGCAAAUGGAGUGCCUGCUCAUCGAUGUAUGGCAGGAGAACAUGGAGCAGUUGCGAGGAUCUCGCAAGAACUCCCAUAUAUACAUGGAGAUGGCCCAGACCUUGAUGGAGGCUGGGAAUGAUGUGUCAUGGAAGGACAUCAAAACGAAGGUGGAUAACAUGACGAAGAAGUACAAGCAGGAAAAACACAAAAUGGGGCCAAGUGGUGGAGCUCCAUCUGCGUGGCAGCAUUUUGAGGCGCUGCACUCGUUCCUCGGAUCGUUCCGUGUCCACAAUAUGGAGCAGGAUACGGUGGACAACGAGAAUACGACGGAGUAUUUUACAGAGGAAUAUCUGGAGGACGUGGAGGAGACAAGUAUGAGCGGAAGUCGACGUUCCGGCAGUUUGCCUCCAGCAAAAAGAGCGAAAGUAGACCAGAAAAGCGAGCUGGUCGAGAUUGCUCGAGAGAGGCUGGAGGAGCAGAAAACGCAGACGGAAAUUCUGCAAAGAAUGGCGGACAGCCAGGAGAAGUUCCAGUCGGAACUUCUCCGAUUUCUGAGGGAGUCCAAGCAGUAA